GGUGGGCUGGCUCUGAAGCCAGGAGAGGCAUGGAGGUCCACGGCGAGCCACAGUCCAGCCCGAGCUCUACGUCGUCCCCCACGGACGGCUCCGGGGCCUCGGUCUCCAAGGAGCUACUGGCGGCGGGGAGCGGCGGCCGCGGAGGUAUAUGGGACAGGUUGCUCAUCAACUCCAAGACUAAUUCCAAGAAGAAUCCCACUCUUCAAACAGUUCGGAUAGAGAGGAGUCCCUUAUUGGACCAAGUACAGUCCUUUCUCCCACAGAUGGCCCAGGCAAAUGAAAAGCUGAGAAAAGAAAUCGCAGCUGCACCACCUGGUCGUUUCAAUAUUGAAAAUAUUGAUGAGACUCUUGGAGAAGUUAUACAAAUGGAUGUGGCCUUGUUUGAGAUGAAUCAAUCUGAUUCAAAAGAAGAGGACAGUUCAGAAGAGAGUUCACAAGACAGUUCAGCGGACGGUUCAGAAUCUGAGGACGAAGAUGACAGCAGCGAUUCUGAAGUCACCAUAGACAACAUUAAGCUUCCUCAUUCAGAAGAUGGAAAAGGCAAGAUAGAGGUUUUGGACAGUCCUGCCAGUGAAAGAAAAGAAAUAGUGAAAUAAAUGGUCUAAGAAUCAGGUGACCUAGGCCUGCUAAUUCUGUGAAAAAGAAUGUGGUUCGCGGGUUGUUUUGCAUUUCAGCUACCUAUGGUGCUUUUAUGGAAUAUUGGAUGUAUCUUGUUUCUCGGAGAAACAGAAGCUGGCUUUUAAAGAGUUGGAUAGGAUAUUUGGGAAUCUCUAAGAGUAGCCUGUCUUUGAUCUCAUGCUAAAGAGAUUUGGUUUAGAAAGCUUAACUUUAUGUAUGGUGAUGAGUGAAUUUGUUGGCAUCUUCUUUCUUCAGCAUAGACUUCAGAAAUAUCAAACUUAUGUUAAGGUAAAAAUACAAAUCACCUGUUUGUUUCUGCUUUAAAUUAUCCUCUUGGAUAAAACAACCUAGGGU